AUGCCAGCUUCACCUAGUGGAACAAGCGUUGGUAAAGGCGAUGUUAGUAAGGCUGCAGGACCAAGAGCCUCAGCUGGAGCUGCCGGCCUUCGUAAUCGUAAACCGACAACUACAACUCGUAGUCGACCAGGUGCACCCGGUGGUGGUGGUGCAAGUGCUGGCGUAUGGCGUUUCUAUACUGAAGAUUCACCAGGUCUUAAAGUUGGUCCCGUACCCGUACUUGUUAUGAGUUUGAUUUUUAUUGCCAGUGUAUUCAUGUUGCAUAUUUGGGGAAAAUACACAAAAUAA